UGUCUUCCAUUUAGAACUUGACAAGCCCCCAAAAAUGAACCAUAUCAGCCUCUUAUUUAUCCUCUAUUCUCCCUUCAUUCAUUCCUACAUCCUCCUCUUCUAUCUCCUCUUCAUUACAAUUACUUCCUACGCUGCAGAUCCAAAAUUCGAUGCAUGUCAACCCAAAAUCUGUGGCAAUAACCAAAUUAUAAGCUACCCGUUUUACAUCGAAGGAGCACAGGAAUCCUUCUGUGGGUACCCUGGUUUUGGCAUCUCGUGUGAUCCAAAUGGCUUCCCAAUUCUCAGUUUCUCUGAUACCCAAUACACCAUCCACCAAAUAUUCUACCAAAAUCAGUCACUAUUAGUGUCCAAUCCCGUGUUUUCAACCUUAAGACCAAACAUCAGUCAAGGUUGUCUUCAACGUACCCAGAACCUCACUCUUCCCAAUAACACAUUCCAUCUUGCUCCGAACCAAAAGGACGUGACAUUGUUCUACGGUUGUGACUUACCGUCGCUUCCCAGAGAGCUGCAAGAGCACAAAAUUGGGUGUUAUGUAGAAAACGGAACGAGUUCGGUUCUGGCAAUGUAUAAGGAGGAUAAAAAUAUAAGCUUAGUAUCAAAUAAUUGCACGGGUGGGGUGGCGGAUGCGACGGUGGAAGAUGGAAUAGGAGAGAUUGAAGAGGCGCUGAGAAAAGGGUUCUUCUUACAGUGGACGGCAAGUGAUUGCAGCGUGUGCAGCAGUACUGGAGGGAGGUGCGGAUUCGAUGCUGAUAUGUACAGUUUCAGGUGCUUUUGUACUGAGGGAGUUCAUUCUGUCAAAUGUGCUGAAGGGAGUAGAACUAGAAGCUGGGUUGUGAAAGUGGAACUAGGACUCGGACUUGCUGUUACAGUUGCUCUAUUACUAGUAAUGGUCAGAAUCUACUAUACAAGAUGGAAAAAGAAAAAUCCAACCAAUCAACGGAUCGAGGUUUUUCUUAAAAGAUAUGGACCUCUUCAAAUCAAGAAAUUUGGUUAUUCUGAGAUAAAGAAAGUGACCAACUCCUUCAAAAACAAAUUAGGCCAAGGGGGGUUUGGUAGUGUUUACAAAGGACAAUUACAGGAUGGACGUUACGUUGCAGUGAAGGUUCUAAGUGAAUUGAAAGAUGAUGGUGAGGACUUCAUCAAUGAAGUUGCAACUAUCAGCAGAACUUCUCAUAUUAACAUCGUUUCUCUUCUGGGCUUCUGUUUCGAAGGCUCUAAACGAGCUUUAGUUUAUGAGUUCAUGUCUAAUGGAUCACUUGAGAAGUUUAUCUUCGAAGGAAGUGUCCUAAUGACAGAUUGUCAGUUAGACUGCCAAAUGUUGUACCAUAUUGCAAUUGGUGUUGCUCGAGGACUAGAAUAUCUGCAUAAAGGCUGCAACACUAGAAUUUUGCAUUUUGACAUAAAACCUCACAACAUUCUCUUGGAUGAGAAUUUCAACCCCAAGAUUUCAGAUUUUGGACUUGCAAAAAUUUGUACAAGAAAAGAAAGUGCUGUAUCAAUAUUUGGCGCUAGAGGAACUGCAGGCUACAUUGCCCCCGAGGUGUUUUCAAGGAAUUUUGGUACAGUAUCACAUAAGUCUGAUGUUUACAGUUAUGGAAUGAUGAUCUUAGACAUGGUGGGUACGAGAAAGAAUGUUAAGGCUCAAGUAGACCAUUCGAGCGAAAUAUAUUUUCCUCAUUGGAUUUACAAGCAUCUUGAAUCCAAUCAAGAGCUUGGUCUACGAAUUAUAAGAAAUGAAAAUGAUAGUGAAAAGGUGAGAAAAAUGACAAUGGUGGGUCUAUGGUGCAUCCAAACAGAUCCUUCGACUCGACCAAACAUUACUAAAGUGGUCGAAAUGUUAGAAGGUACAGUUGAAUUGUUACCAAUGCCACCUAAACCUUUUUUAUCUCCUUCAACCUUUCCGGUUGAUUCAUCGUGUGAAUCAAGCAUUGUAGCUUCUCACUCGUGACGCUACUAAAAUGCAAUAUAUGUUGUAGUAUCUCACAUUUAUAAUAUAAUCUUCUGGUUAUUUGG